AUGUUUUACAGAGUAAUGUCACAAAGCUCUCAAACUUCCCUUUUGGAAGAGGUCUCGCAAUGGAAUGCUGAAACCUGUCAAGAACAACUGGAGGCUGUUCUACCCAAGCUUCUAUGUCUAUAUUCUGAAGAGAACAGUUUUAUGAAGAUAAAGGUGCUAAAGGUGUUGACAAACCAUUUCCUGCCACACAUUCCACUCAGUGAUGUGGAACCUAAACUGUUCUCCAAAGUUCUUCCUGGGGUAAGGGAAAUCGUCGAUGAUUUUAUUGAGGAAUUAACAUCUCAAGGUGCAGAGCUGUCCAGCCAAAACAUUGAACUUAAAACACUGCUUCGAAACAUUUUAGAGGCAUUGGUAUCCAUAGUUGAAUGUCUGGAGGCAUGCAUCCGACAAGUUAUUUCUGGAGACAAUGCAUUGUAUCUGGAAACCAUCCAUUCCCUUCCAUUUUCAGUUCUUCACAUCCUCAAAAGCACCUUUCAGCACUGCAAGAACAGCGAGGCGGUGUAUGGCUGCAAGCUGCAGCGUGUAGCGGACCUGCUGCAGGCUGUAUUCAAGGAGACGUACUCCCUGCAGAAGCUCUUCCUGGAGAUGAUUGAUAGAGUGGUGAUUAAUCCGGAAACUUCUCAACAAGACGUCACAGACUUGAUCGCAGUGAUUCAUGGCGUGUUAGAAAUAUGUACUGUUAUUGCCAACAUGGACCACGCACUUCAAGCCAACACGUGGAAAUUUGUGGUUAAGCAGAGUAUGAAGCAUAGGGUGUACAUAGAAGCUCAACUUAAUCACCGGGACAUUGUCAAGGGCCUGUGUGAUGAUUUGGUGUUCAACUUCAACGCUUGUCUCCAACGGUCCGAACAAAUACAGCAAUCUACGAACCAGCAAACCACCAUGACCGAACAGAGAAUUUUUACCAGGACUGUCAAGUUGUGUCGAUUCUUUGCCAAUACGCUCAUUCAUUUCAUCAAGGAGUUUAAAGAGUAUCUGGGAACCUGUUGCAGAUAUCUCUAUGACCUCUAUCUUCAACUGCAUAGUAAGAUGUCUCCGAGUGUGACAGCCCCAUCCAUUGCCGACGCUCACAUGCAAGAGCUGAGAGGAAGUGUGCUGGUGUGCGCUCACCCAUUGCUGUCUGAGCUCAUAGGCUGCUUGCACUUUGCUGAAGUUGUGCUCUCCGAGACACGAGAUGUAAGUCAAGAGUGCUAUCUGCCACAUUGUUUAUUGCUCAUGGGGGUGAUGGACAUGCUGCCCAGCCAGACUGAAGAUGUCCUGGAGAUCUGGUGCAGUGGCAGUGAGGAUACAGAGAAACCACCCAGGCUCAGUCUCUUCAAAGCUGUCUUUACGGCUUUGGGAGCGUGUCACGUGGAGCUCGCCCUCCCCGUGCUUCUGCCAGGCGUGAUGAGGAACGGGAAUCCUCUGGCUUACAUCAGCCUCUACGAAUACGUCUGCACUCACCUCUGCGCUUUCAUCACCUCGCUGCCUGCAAAGCAUUUUGGAAAACUGGAAUGCUGCCUUCUUGAGGCCGUGCUGGGAACUGACGUGAUGUCUGCUCUGCUCGCUGUUGACAGCUGGUGCUUUCUUGCUCGGUAUGGAUCUGCAGAACUCUGUGCACAUCAUGUGAACAUCCUGACUGAUUUGGUACGCUACUGCCCAGAACAGUCCUGGAGAGGGUCCUGCCUUUUCUUGCUGCUCCGUCGACUGCUGUUCUUCAUGGCUCCCGAUCACCAGGCCGAAUUCCUCGUGAGGCUGCCUCCAGGGGAGCCGGCGAGCCUGCCCGUGUGGCAGCACCUGAGCGUGCGAGCGCUGGCUUCAGCCCUGCAGGAGAGCGCCACCUCCGAGCUGCUCGCAGCCUCCACCCGCCAGUGCAGGAACUCUGUCUCCUCCCCGCAGCAAAGAUCAGGCCUCAAUACUGCCCUCUCCUGCCUGCUACACCUAUGCCAAGAUGCUGAUCUGAGCCCAGAGGAUCUGGAAAAGUCAUCGUUGCUUCCUCUAGUUUCUCAACUCUGGGAGAUCACCGUGGCCACACAGGUAGUAGCUGUGCACUCAGUUGGACAGCGAGCCUGCCUUCUGCUAGCCUUGUGUGCUGCGCUUAUACAGAGUCUGGAAGACAACAUCAUCAUACAGAUUGUGAAUUUCUUGGAGUUGGUAAUGAGCAUGAAGCCAGCUGUUUGCUUGAAACUUGCAGCGCUGGAUUUCCUGGGUACCCUGGGAAAUAAGGUUAUUCCUCCAGAACACCAGUCUAAGGUUCUUAACAAGCUACCAGCCCUGUUCUCCUCCAUGCUGGCUGACAGCCACUGGAUGGUACAUCACCGAGCCCUGCAAGCUUUCACUCGGUUUGCAGAGGAAACCAGCCAUGAAUUUGUGGUACCCCUCUGCCUGGGAACGGAGGAGAUAAAGUCAAAGGUUGUUGGAUAUCUGAACAAAGAAACUGUUUCUGCUCAAAGCACCGAAUCCCAAGUGCAAUAUUUAAAGCAAGAACAACUUGUGCUGGAAGAGUGGCAUACACAGUCAUCAGUGCCAGUAAAUCUACAUCAGAGAGCACCUUCUCCCAGUGUUGAGGCACCUGCUAAGCGGGCGAGGAUGGAAGAUACGAACGCUGACUCGGAGAGUGUGCGAUUGGCCCUGACUCAAGUCCUCGGCGAGGUGGAGUGUGGCUUGGACAGGCUGAGCCGACUCUUACAGCAGAGGGUCCCCCCAGACUGGCUAGACGAGCGGCUACAAAAUCUGGAGGCCAAAAUCCUCCGUCUGAAAGCAUCUGAAAGGUUCUCGUGCUCCCAGUGAGAACCCCACCAGAUGUGCCAGACCGCUGCAGUUAGCAGCACAGCAUCAUAGAUCAGGGCGUCGUGAUGGAUAUGGCUGGUGCAAAUGUGUCAUGAAACUCCCCAAGAGUUGAAUAUAACCUGGAGCGUGACACUUGAUUGGAUUAGCUCUUGCCGCAUAAUUGAAUUGACCGGUAUCUGGUCCAAUAGCUGAUGUUCACAGAUGUACUUGCUAAUCAACUUUAUACUGUACAUCUGUAUUUUUCAGAAUUCCCAUAUUGAUACUUUUUAGUAACUGAUAGGCUUUCUGUACGUUAGCCUUUUUUGUAGGUAAGUUGUAACAUAUUGUAAAUGUACAGUAAUUUUCAAGAGUGUACAAUGUAAAUGUGUGGCUCAUUGUUCACGUUGUAAUGUUAUUUCCAAGUUUAAUGUUUGUUGACCACUUUGAUAAAAUUUCUUUUUUAAACAUGUUUCGCAAUGCUCUAAGUCUUCUUGUAUCUCGGCGUUAUUUAUACUUAUGUUAAACAUAAAUGAUGCUCAUUGAAUAAAAAGUAAAUUUGCACUAUUGAAGAUUGCAUUUGUUUUAAGAGAGGCCAACAAUUACAUUUAAUGUACCAGUAAUCGUUUUCUCUGGAGGCUUUAACAUUACCAAGUUAAUAUGCUGUUUUAGAUACAGCAGUGAUAUGUACUGUUAUUACAAUUCUGUAAUUUUUCUGUUUAUCAGUUAUUAUAAUAACUCGUAACAUUUCUUUUAAAUUCAUUUAUUAGAGUUAAAGGUAACCCCUUCACAAAUUAAGGUAACAAUGUACAGCCCUGUUCUUCACCUGAGGGACGGCUGCUUGCGUUGUGGCCGAAACGUCGUGAGAAUUGUAUUUUAUUAUGUUUAAUUUUUAUAAUUUUAUUAUUUCCCUUCUACGUGACUUUACCGAAAGAACCAAGAAGAUGAAUCCCUGCAGUCACGAAAGCUUUAGAUUGAAAUUUAACAAUGUACAUUUCACAGUUUUACAAGGUAAUGAUAAUUGUGAAGCUAUGAGCUGCGUUUCAGAAAGUUUUUGUAAAAAACUCUUUCUGAACAUUAUCAAGCUUAUAUUUGUAAGUGCAAUAGUUAAUGUCAGAGAUUAAUAAGAUGUGUUGCAUAUGCAUUGUAGUCUUAGCUAGCCAGGCUUACAAACUAACAAGGCUUUCAGCACCCGAUCCAAUGCUUGUUCAGUGAACAUCACCCGACCCACGUCGAGACCACCUGUACACGGAUCACAUACAACCAUUCUUGAUGAUAUGUCCACUUGUUAAAGUACUGAUGAGUCAAGUUAACCAACAACUUUGAGAUGAUCGA